AUGGCUGCCUCCACGAAACCAAAGCGUUUCGCAAGCUUCGACGAAGAAGAAUUUAGUAAAAUUCUUGGAAAUAAGGAUGCAGACAGCACUAAGAGAUCUACAAAGCAAGCGAUCACACUUUUCAAGGAGUAUCUGUUUGAGAAAUGCAUCGAUAUUGAUUUGGAGACUGUGGACAAGAGCACACUCGCUCCAAUUCUGAGGCGUAAGUUUACACGAUCAGGUGCCCCCCCUGCCCCCCGAUCGCCCGUCGUCGACCACCACCGAUCGCCCGACCGAUACCGAUCGCCCGUCGGAUACCCGCCCGUCGGAUACCUCGACCCGCCGCCCGUCGGAUACCUCGACCCGCCGCCCGCCGCGCUCGGAUCGCACCCGCACCUCGACCUAUACCGAUCGCUCGACCUCGGAUACCGAUCGCCCGUCGCGCAUGUCCAGGAUGAGGAUGUCCCCACACCACCACCACGUGGUAUUAAAUAUUCUGUUUUAAAAGGAAGAAAUGUUGGUUCGUUUAGCACUCGAAAAAGUCUACAAAUCAGCGAAGAAUCAAAUGAUGAUCCUGACACAAUUCGACUCGAGAAUCAUGGUAUUGAAGUUCGAAUUCCAAGAAAUGAAGCUUACAGUGCAAAGGAUUUUAUUGUCAACGCAAUAACGGAUGUCCCACCUGAGCUGUUGAUUAAAGAAAAUGAAGCCAUAAUUACAGUCGGCUUGGAGAUAAGGUUGCCUUCUGAUGCAGUCUUUGGACACCCUGUUGAAAUAACGAUGCCCCACUGUGGCAGGUUCACAAAGCCAGAGAAGGUGGAAAUCGUUUCAUAUUAUCGACAAAGUGCUUCAAAACAGUUUGUUGCGAUAUCUUCUUCCAUCGGUGUUAGUCCAAGGUGUGUUGUAAGACAUAGCGAUCUAGAUAUCUCCUUCAAUCACUUCUCCGAAUAUUGGAUCGUGGCUAUUCUCGAAGAGGUGUUCGUUGGAAAGCGUGUUAUUUGUACGCCGUAUGUCCCCGUGCGACCACUGAAGAAUAGCAUGAGCGUUCUGUUUCUUCAAGUGAGAGACGCAAAUGAACACGAAGAAGAGUCCCACACUUGA